UUUAUUGUAAUGGCUCUAUUUUUCCACAGAGUAAAUUCAAAUCUACCUAUACAGAGUUUGGUGUUACCGCAAAAUAACCACGACCGCCAUGGUCGUUUUGUGACUGCAGCCUGUGUUUCUACCCGGAUAUAUUUUGGAGGCGCACCCUUUACGAUGGCAGCAUGUUUGGUAGAUAGCGGCGAUGUUGAUGAAAUAAAUGAUCCGGGAGCUGCUCCUUAUGGCAACUUUAUAAACUAUUAUACCUUCAACCCUCCGGAGAACCGCCUGAGUCUGAUUCCAGCCACAUUACUGCAGGAUUUAGGAUACGAAGACGGACAUCAGACCACACUGAUCCUGGACGUGGGCUGUAAUUCAGGGGAUCUGAGUGUAGCCUUUUAUAAGCACCUGCUGCAGGAGCCUGUGAGCCGAGAGGAGUCGGGUAAGAAAAAAGUGAAUCUGCUGGGCUUCGACUUGGAUGAGAUGCUGAUUCAGCGGGCUCAGCAGAACAACCCUCUGCCCGACAGCAUCUCCUUCAUCCCUCUGGACAUCACUGAAGACACCGACCAGCUGCAGGAUUACCUCAGCCUGCACGGCUGCUCCCACUUCCAUCUGUGUCUGUGCCUGGCUGUCACCAUGUGGGUCCACCUCAACCACGGAGACGCUGGCCUGUUGCAGCUGCUCUCUCGCCUGGCCUCCAUCAGCCAGCACCUCCUGCUGGAGGCGCAGCCCUGGAAGUGUUAUCGCUCUGCGGCCCGGCGGCUGAGGAAGCUGGGCCGCUCAGACUUUGACCACUUCAAGACCCUGAAGAUCCGCGGGGACGUGGCGAAGCAUGCCAGGGAGCACCUGGAGAGACACUGUGGCAUGGAGCUCGUUCAGGGCUUCGGCAGCACCACAUGGGACCGCAAGCUGCUGCUCUUCAAGAAGAGACGAGACUGAGGGACGACGUUAGCAGUUUUCAUCUGGUGCUGCACAGGAGCUGCAGCGACCUGAUCAGGAAGACCAAAGACACUACUGCAGGAAAUGAGAGAAAAGUUGAACUGAUUAGUGGAUAGAUAUUAAACGACGACUUUUAUCACAAUUGACUGUUUUGUUUAUAUUCACUAUUUAAGCGAAAAUGGCACAAAUGUAUUGUUUCUAGCUUUUCAAAUGUGAAGAUUUAUGUUUCCUUUAUCUUAAUAGGAUAACUCACCCACAAAAUGACCAUUUAUAUUAAUCAUGUGACCUUGACUUGCGUGAAUAAUUGACAAAUGGUCAUUUUGUGGGAAAAGUGAUAAAGUGAUCCAAGUGUCUUUGGGUUUUGUUUUCUUGGUUGGAUAAAACAAGCAAAUUCUAGAUGUAACCUUGGGCUGUGGCAACAGAGAUCAGAGAACAUUUUUAUACAUUUUCUGGCACUUUGUAGACAAAACUGUUGACCGAUGAAUAGAGAAUAUUAGGACUGCAAUUUACAAUUACCUCCAAUUUUGAUUAAACUGCAGAUUGCUUUCUCAGUUACUUGUUUGUCUAUAAAAUGACAGAAAAGAGUGUAAAAUGUUAAUUACAGUUUGUCAGAGAUUUUGAGGUUUUGUUUUCCAGUAUCCUGUUUUAUCCAACCAAACAAAAAACCUAAAAAUGUUUUGUUUUCAAAUGACAUGAAAUAGAGAAAAGCAUCAGAUGCUCACACUGGAGAGGCUGGAACCUGAGGAUAUUUAAACAUUUUGCUUAAAAAUGAAAACAUUUGAUUAUCAACACUGUUGCAAAUUUAACUGAUUGUCACAGGAAAACUGGCAGCUGUAACACAUUUAAAGAUGUUUUGUGGCCAAAACUGUAAAACAUUUGUUUUUUGUCAUUAACAAAAAACUUCCAAAAAGUAAGCUAGCUAUACAACUGUUUAUGUAUGCAAUCAUAACAGUGCACAUUAAAUGAUGAAACGGUG